GUUUCGACAUUUUCUAGGUCACUUUGAUAUUUGCUAACAGUUGUAAAUGACGAAUUGAAUGUUCUCUAGUUUAAAGUUAUGCAGAAUGCUCACUUCAUAGUUAGUCGUGCCAUAUUAAGUUCUACUAAGGACACAUUUCGACGUUGCUUUAACUUGUCUACCAAACAUUUAUUUACUACGCCUUACUUGGUCCAUAAAAUCAGGAUAUCACGUCACACUCGCAUUGAUUUAUUCAACAGGAAUUUUAGCUCUUCAGGUCCCAAGAGUAUUACCGAUUCUCCAGUUGAGAAGAUCAAUGCUAAAGUGGUUCCAAAAAUUAAAACAAGCUUUUCUUAUGAUGAUUCUGUCAAGUCUGUGAAGUAUAUCACACCACUUAGAGCAUUACGAGAAUAUAUGCUUACAAACAUGAUUUAG